AUGGUUGAAACUCGUCGAGGACGCAGUGGGCGAUCAGUCUCCCAGGAGCCAUCGGGACAAAAUCAAUACACCAGACAAGGCACAGCUCCACUUGGAAGCCAGAAUGACGCUACUGCAAUCCCAGCCUCUUCCUUUGACAACCCUUCGUUGCCAGCUAUUCAGACACAGCAGUCAUUCGCAUAUGGUGCUACCGGAAGUCCUGCGUUUCCCAGACAGUUGCGAGCUAGCCCACCUAUGGCAGCUCAAUUUGGCGCUAAAAUCGAACGGCCGUCUUUAAACACCGAAGCCAAUGACUUUGAGCGCAUUCAAGAACAAGCUCGUGCGAAUCCGGGAACUGGGAGAGCGACCCGACUUAGAACAAACCGCCAAUCUGCCUCUCCUACUCGCCGAACGCCUGGCCGACGUACACGCACUCGCGAGCCCACUCCUGACGACCAACUUCUCGGAUCUCUUCGAGAAGCGUCCGAGGAAGCAGAGGGAAGCAAAGAGGUUGUUCUACCAAGCAUAGAAGAUUCCAGUGUAAGCUGGAAUACUGAGCGCCAUGUCAUUGCCGAUCCGAGACACGGCAGUGUCGCCAAUUCUGCCGACAAUGCUUCUGGAGCCGGGUCUUUCCAAGUCCAACCGCAAUGGAGGCAAGUGCAUCCAAUGGCUGGUCCUCCGCUUCGGCCAUCUGCUCGUUCUCAACCUGCAGCCAACUUCCAGGUUCCUCAAGAAGCGCGAGUUGGACCGUCUGUUGUGGCUUCCUCUCAGUCGGCCCCUCAACUGGGUGCUAUUCCGGUCCUUGCACCAUCCCAAGGUGAGGAUUACGGUGAUGCCACCCCCAUUUCCAAGAAGGCGCCUUCUUCAGCAUUCCAUUCUGCGCCUCCAACAAAUCGAAGUCAGCAAGGCGUUCGUUUUGCGCUGAUGACUGUCUUUUUUAUGUUGUUCGCUUUCGGAGGAAUGCUCAUCAAGGUCGAGGACGUUAGAGGCGUCCUUCCUAAGGACAUUGGAAAGGGGCUGAAUCUGCCACCAUCGUUCUGUGGUGGGCAACCGGCGACAAGUCAAUACGCCGACGCAUUGAACAAGCUCUCUACUGGAGUGGACCAGCGACUCGCGGAUAUGGCGCGAGACGUGGCUGCUCUUAAAGAUGAGUGGAAUAAGCGGUUGCCACACCUUAGACAGGCGAUAUGGCCUGAGAGGGAAGACCCAUUGUUGCCGCGAAGGAUCAACUGGUUUUCAACAGGUAUGGGGGCUUUUGUGGACCCAUAUCUCACCACCAAAUUUCGCCCUGGACUUCUCAAAGGCGGUACCGAGCGUGCAGUCGGCGUCAAACGGACAAAUCCUCCCGCUGCUGCGCUCACCCGUUGGGAUGAACAUGGAGAUUGUUGGUGUGUGAACGACCACACCAGUGAAAUUCAACUCGCCGUGCUCUUAGGCCGACCUCUGGUUCCCGAAGAGGUGGUCAUUGAGCACAUUCACAAAGAGGCAACUUUGGAUCCCGAAUCGGCUCCUCGGGAGAUGGAACUGUGGGUCGAAUAUUCAUCCCGGUCAGCGUCUGCGGCACCGUCUACCGUUCCUCCUGGUGCCAGAGCGACUGUCGCUCCAGGAAGUUCAGAGUGGUUGACACAGCGGCCAGAAUUGUUGGAGUCCUCGGCAGAGGCACGUGAGGCUUAUUCUGGCCCGCUUUCCCCAUCGCAGCGGGAAGAUAUCAUCUCCACUCUCCGUAUGGCUUACCCGGACGAGCCGGAAACGGCGUAUUCGCAAGACACGAAGCUUGGCUCAACAUACUAUCGCGUUGGUAAAUUCCAAUACGAUAUCAAUGGCAAACAUAACAUCCAAAGGUUCUUAUUGGAUGCAGUCAUUGACCUGCCAAACAUUCGCACGAAGAAAGCCGUUCUCCGGGUUAAGUCAAACUGGGGUUCCGUGAACACAUGCAUCUAUCGGGCGAGGUUACAUGGCCAUAUGUAA